GUUGGCAAAAGCAAAGUUACACUACACACUUACCUUAAUGCUGGAUGUGCCUGGGUCUGCUCUCGCAAUUUCAGGUUGCUUGGAUUAAAUCAGAUUCAAAAGCAAUACUUGGUAUACAUACACAUAUGGUAUCUCUAAAUCCAAGAUUAUCAGUGACACACAAUGGACACAACACCUGGAAACUUCACAUAUCCCACGUGCAGCUAAAUGAUUCUGGCAGCUACAUGUGUCAAGUGAAUACAGAUCCCAUGAAAAGUCUGUCGGGAUAUUUAGAUGUUGUGGUUCCACCGGAUAUCCUAAACCACCCUGAUGAAAAUAUUAAUGAAGGUGUUAGCACGGAGGGAGGGAGCAUUUCCUUAUUAUGCAGUGCCACAGGUGUACCAGAGCCAAUGGUUCAAUGGCGACGGGAAGGCGGCAAAGAUAUUAUAAUUCGAUCGGAGAGUAGAGACAAGCAAGCAUUCAAAUCGAUGGAAGGGGAGCGACUGACUCUUACUAACGUUCAUCGUACGGAUAUGGGGGGCUACCUUUGCAUUGCAUCGAAUGGAGUUCCCCCUUCAGUGAGCAAACGCUUUGAUGUUCAUGUAAAUUGUAAGUUAUACAAUGGAAAUA